AACAAUAAAUACAUGAUGCCAGAGACAUAUUUACUAUGAACCCAUUGUUUAUUUUGUUAUGUGUAGAAUAACAUUUUACAACCAGAAACACAACACAGAGAAACAGAAAUACAAGAACACAUACAUAAUUACAACUCUGUCGUCUUUAGAUCAGUGAAUGUUGUUUUUUCUGUAUAUAAGAAAAUUGUUUUUUUAGUAUAUAAUUAAAAAAUAUUCUCUUAAUGUAAUAAGUUAUUACACUAUGUAAAGAACUGUUAUUAUGUUCUGCGCUCAAAGUUUUGUUCCAUUGUGUGCUGAUUAUUAUAUUUAAAUGUGAAGUCAACGUUCACUGAAGGAAUUAGAAUCUCUUGCCACUCCUGUCUUUUUGUCAGUUGACUUAUUGAUUAAUAGACGCUGAGUCACUGCCAAGACAUGUGGCGUUGCUACUAGUACUGUCAGUACGAUCAACAGGAACUGAGCAGGCCUCAGAGUUUGCCACUUCUUCCUCUCGGAUCUUUGAAUAAUCUGUCUGUGUGGUUGUUAUUUGAUCUCUCUCUAGUAUUGAGUCCAGCAGAAUGUGUCAGGAUUCCCUCUGCUUGUUGUCCUGAUAAUUAUUUACUACGAGUUCUGCUGUUUGAGUCACUGCGGUCAGAGCUUUGUGCUCGUGUGGCGCGUUCGAUGCCACGCCCGGUCUGACUCUGCUGAGGUGGCACACCCUCACAAACACAUUGGUCCACCUGGCUGAGUUAGAUGGUCAUUAUCUGAGGUGAGACAGCAGGUUCUAAUUGUCUGGGAAGAUGUGUGGAGCUUCGGGAGACACAAGACUACCCUGGUUUAUUUUGUUCAGUAUCUACCUUUGAAAAUGAUGCCACGCCCUGUAAGAAUGCUUCAUUCUGAUUGGCUGGAGGGGUGUCCCUUAUUUUUGUAUAAACGACAGAACAGUAGUCUGUAAAUGUCUGUAGAUUAAGAGCAACUUUAGUGUUACUUUAAUGUCCCUACAUGCAGUAUUUUGACAUCUGAGAUGUUUUUUAAUAAUAGUGCUGAAAAGAGAAACUCAAAAUUAACAGUUACGAUGAAGCAAUUGGUUGUUUAAUUGCUUUAUACAAAAAACACUCCAGCUUCAUAAAGGUGCAAAAUACAAGGUCUGGAGUAUUUCGAUUGCCUCUCAACGGCUCUCAACAUGGCGACGCCUGAGACAGCGGCUCGCAGCUAACGGUGCAAACAGCGCUAACGGUGCAAACAGCGCUAACAAUGCAAACUAUUUUUUAGUUGUUUAUGUUCACCUGCGGGGGCAGGGGGGGGCGCUACACUUCCAUGGUGUUAUAUGCUGGCCGUGAGCUAACCAGUGGGGCAUGCUCACGUGCACUAACAUGCAUUAACAUGCACUAACAUGCACGCGGCCAGCCGGCUAUCCCAACAAAGCAAGACGAAGCUCUGAUCACGCUCAGGUAGACAUCACUCCUCUGUGUCUUUAUGUAGAUGGUUGUUUGAUGAGAUAUUAAAGCUCUGUAUGUCGCAUAUCGCUGCUUUCAUUUUUGGGAUUUUCAGAACAAUUGUCCGGUUUGCUACGUUGCAUUCUUGGGACUUUGGUUUGCAUCAGUGCAAUCACUUUUUAACGUAUAUAAAAAAUAGGGACAGCAAACAGCAAAACGUGCACCCCAAAAUACAUACAUUUAGAAUAUUUGUUGCAUUAGCGAUAUUUAAAAGUGGAACCUCAAAAGUUCAACAUCACAAACGAAUGGAAAAGGAGAUUUGUCAUGUUGUCAUGUCACAUUUUCAUUGUUAAGCUGACGUAUAACUGCAAACAUAUCUUUAUAAUUCAAAGUAUUAGGUGACUAAAAAUGGAAACCAUAUUGUCAGUUUCGGCAAACCAAAAAGCUGAUGUCUGGUUGUCUGGUAACCACUUUUAAAAGUUAGUGUUGAGCCCUGCAUUGUAAAUAGUUUGUUGGUUAAGACUAUGGAAGCCUGUGAAGCCUUUUACUAUUUUCUGACUUUAUUUAUGAAAUUAGUAGAACACGAAUCAAUACAUUGAUUGACAAUAAAGAUAAGAUUUGAUCUUUAUAAGACUGAUGUAUUGUAGGAUGUGAGCCGCUUCAUUGGUUUAUCCGCUUUAGGUGCUUUUUAUUUGGCCGGUACGCUGAUGCACUUCCUCAUUUAUUUCUAAAUGUUAUUGGCUUUGAUUCAGUUUUCGUUUUUCGCUCACUCUCCAGAGAACAAGUUCCAACAUCCUCCGCACAUUUUCAGGAAGAAGCACAAAGCCCAUUCAUUUACAAUGAGGGAUCUGGUUGGUGUGAACUGAACUCUCCAGUUAACCGUCUGUGUGUCACCGUCGGCUUCACGUCACUUUCAUUCUGAUCAUGAUGCAGUGUUUUGAAAUGACUCUGAUUUGAUGUUGAUUCCUCACCAGUGAAACAUGUUUGUACAGAUAUUUUUGACUUCACAUUGUCACUCCCUCUGCUGUGCAUACUCACCUUUCUACCUCCAUGCUACAUGAAACACUGCAGUCAGCUGUUUAAAACAGUUUGUCUUCACCAAAGGUUUUUUUAUAUCCUUCAUAAACACAGACUGUGAUAUUACACAUGCAGGUAUUGUUACUUGACUUUUAACACAAUUAAAAACACAUAAUACAACAUCAAACAUUUCAAUUAUUUGACAUAUGAUGCAUUUGUUUAUGUGAGUAUGAUCCCUGGCACAAUAUUUACCUUUGUGGAGUUGGAUGUUGUUGACCAACAUCGUCACUUAUACUUUUAGUUUGCAAACUCUCAAAUUCAAAAAGUAUAUUCAUUCAUUCCAUUCAUUUUACUAAAGACAUUUACGUUUAGUUGAGGCUGAAUCAGCAUUUUUAUUUAUUUGCAUAGUUUAUUUUAUACAUCUUCUCAAACUAAUGUCAUGCGUCGGACUCAUCUUUUUGUCUUUUAUUUCAGAGCACCAGCGGGAAGUCGUCAGUGUUCAGCCAUUUAUCCAGUCCGAUCAAGAGCCCUGAGCUAAGCGCUGAGGAGGAGGAGGAAGAAGAGGAAGAAGAGGAAGAAGAGGAGGAAGAGGAGGAAGAGGAGAUGGUGGAGAUUAUCGACGUCAUUCAGCACAAGCAGCAGCCGGCGAUCGAGAAGAUCUCCAGGUCGGAGGUGAGGACCGAGCUGAGGACCGAGCUGAGGGAGACUCCGCAGCCGACCAAGAUGGACACGCGCUACUUCGGUGAGCUGCUGGCCGAGGUCUACAGGAAGAACUGCGACAUCCACUCCUGCAUCUCCGAGCACGUGUCCAAGAUCCGUGGACAGAAACACCAGCUGGAUCCAUCCAAUGACUACAAGGUGGAGAAAGAGGAGGUGGAGGCUUUGCUGCCCAAAGGAGCCACUGAACUGACCAAACAACAAAUCCGCUACCUGCUGCAGACUCGUCUCACUGCAGAUAAGAGCAUGCGUCUGCUGCUGUCCACCUUCAGCAGUCUGAGAGAGGAGCUCCUCCACAUGUCUGAGGACCUGCGGCGUCUGGAGAGUGAGAAGGAGUCUCUGGAGAGAGAUCUGAGCUUCAAAGCUGACCAGGCUCAGCAGUACGACCUCCUGCUGGGAACCGUCCGAGAAAACAACCGACAGCUGCAGGCGUCUCUGAAGGAAACCAGCACCACUCAGCGCUCCCUGGAGAGCCAGCUCAUGGGCUCCAAGAACAACGACUCCAGCCGAGACUUCAAGCUGAAAGAGAUGGAGGGGAGGAUGAGAGCGAUGGAGAAGGAGAACGACAUGCUCCGGCAGAAGCUGGCCGGCCAAGGCAGCAGCACCACGCUGCACCUGAAGACCGAGGAGUUGUCCCGUCAGUACAAAGACCAGCUCAGCACCAUGAAAAAUGAGAAGGACCAGGAGAUACAGAGGCUGAGGAGCCAGAUAACGAGGAUCCAGACGGAGGUCACCACCUCCACCAGCGAGAAGUCGUCCUCGGAUAACAGUCUCCAGCUGAGAAUCUCAGAGCUGCUCAUGAUGCUGGAGCAGGGGAAGAGGACCAUCACCAAACAGGAGGAGGAGAUCAGGAAGCUGAUGCAGGCGAAGACCGAAAGCUCCAAGAGCCAAGUCACCAAAACCAUCAUCACCAACAGCUACAGGAACAGGUACCCGCUCCUUGGUCUGCUGGGCGAGGACUACGUCAACACCUCGCCCGUCAAAAAAGCCAACACCAUCGUCAUCAAGAGAACUGCAGAGGUGGUCAGGAAAUGAACAGGAAGUCAUUACAACCCUUAAAGACACACUGCUUCUCUCCGACAGGAAUGAUUGAACGAUGAGUAGACCCAGACGUCAGCCGGCUCCUCCCCCCCCCAUCUUCAGGGCUCCCAGGGUUGGUGGUGGGUAAACCCCCCCUUAAAUUUGUCUUUUUGGUUUGACCAAAUUGGGCUGGUGACUGCUUUUUAUUUGGGCUUUUUAUGACAUGAAAACAAAUAGUUAAAGACCUCAUCAAUGCUGGAGCCAGGUGGUUGUGCAGUGGAUUAAGGUGGCAGCAAUCAUGACAACUGAGAACUGGGCGAGGUUAUAGAAGUUUUGUGCAGAAAUCUGAGCUGAGAUGCUUUAGGGGCGGACACCUCUUGUCCUUUCUCACCUUCAUGACGCUGCUUGACUGAAGGGCCAGUGUGUCGCGUUGAGAGGGAACUAUCGGCAGAAAUGGAAUAUAAAGUUAUUAAGUAAGUUUAUUUUAGUCUGAAAAUAAGAAUUGUUGUGUUUUUGUAACCUUAGAGUGAGCGAGUUGUAUCUACAUGUGGAGAUAUUCUUUUAAAUAAAAAUAAAAAGUGUUUUAAUUUAAAGUUUUUAAGUUUAAAGUUUAAGUGAGUGGGUCCUCUUACGUUUCUACAGUAGCCCAGAAGGGACAAACCAAAACACUGCCUCUCAAGAGGGACAUUCAUGUUUUCACAUCGGCCACCGGAAUUCGCUUGGCACAAUGGAGAGGUCUCAGUUAGCUGCAAUAAGCAACCGCACCACUAGAUAGCUCCAGAGUCUACCCACCGGCCCUGUAAGUAAAGGUUUGAGGUUGAAAACAUCUCAACGAACGUCACAAAUAACCAAGUGUCUUUUGUCCCAAACUGGCUGCUGCAGUAGAAACUAAAUAUCAUGUGAAAAAUAAUAGAAUACAGAAUGUGUACAAGGUUGUUUUUAAAUACAAGUUUACGCUUCUCUAACACAAGUCAAAUUUAACGUUGUGUUGAAACAAACAAAACAACUUCAGCUUUAGGCAUCAAAGUUACUUAUUAAGGUUUAGGCAACUAAACAACUUAUUAAGUUUAGGCAACAAACUAAUUGGUUAGGUUUAGGCAACAAAAGUACUUUAGGUUUAAGCAACACAACUUGGUGGUAAGGUUUAGGAAAACACGGUUAUUUGAGUUAAAAUAACUCUGCUUGUUACGUGACUCAGCGUUAGUUAAGAACACUUGUUUUAUCUGAUCUUAUCCGAUCAAUGCCUCACUGUGAAGAACUUGUGGUCAGAAGGAAGAGAAACCUGAAACAUUUGUUGUCUGGUUUCAUCAUCAGUUGAUCUCUUGUUCGGGGCUCUUGCGUUUACACGUCCUCACUACGGGGCUCCCUGAGAUGAAGACAAAGUGCUGAUGUCCAAGUUACCAAAAGAACGCCGCCUCAGUAGCAGGAGAUCCUCCUUAAAGCACCACAGCCAUGCUAGCCCACAAUGUGAGGAAGUUUACCCUGCAUGUAAAUAUGUAUAUUUAUAUAUAUAUAUAACUAUUGUAAGAUGGGCACGCUCAGUCUUCUCCUGUGUGACUGUCGAGCAGCCCUCCUGCUUUAACAAACAUUUUGAAACAAUGUUCUUGUUUGGGGUUUUGUUUUGUGCUAAACGGUAGUUUUUUAUCUCUCCACUGGGUUUUGUUGUAUUUUGAUGCUGGUAUGUCUUCGGCCCGGAGGUAUUGGUAGGAUGGGUAUUUGCUGUUCACACGUAGCUGUAGAUGUGUUUGUGUACAACUGAGCGAUGUCUCACAUCCCUGAGAGGGGAAGGACAUCCAUGGCGGUGAUGCAUCGUGGUGGGUGGACGUGGAGCAUGAUUUUAUGGGGUUUGAUGAUGGUGGAAGAAAAUGGUAAAGCACAAUAUUUUGUUAACUGUUUUUUGAGGUUUUUUUCUGUUUAGGCUUUUUACAUAAACGAAGCAUGUUUGACGGCUUUGUGUCCACUGGGUGCUCGUCCUUAAGGUGCUCGACGGCACAAACCACAACUCUGAAACGAAUCGCUCCUCUAAGACCAAAACAAUGUUUACACCUCCCCCGAGCGUCUAGCUGUGAUCCGUCUCCCAAACCAGCUUUACCCUCGUUUUACGAUAGCUGCAGAUGUCCAGGACGGAGACAACCACGUGUAACUGACACAAACAACAGGGACAACGUUUGGUGAAGCCACGAACACACGCAGCAUUUCUAUUGCUCCAAACGGCUGCUCAAAAACGUAAGAACCGCUCAGAAAGAAAGACAACGGGUGCCGUGCAGAUUGUCUUUACACAUGCACUGCAGCACCAGUUAAAGUAAAAUACUUACUGAACAUUUCCCUCCAAACAUGUGACCGACACUGCCGACAGAAACGCGCUGCCCGGUGGACACUGAGCUGAAUUUCUGUAGAAAGCCUGUAAAAAUGUAUCAACUAUCACAGGACCUCAAGUGCAUAAGCUUGUUAGCAAGCUAACGUUGGGCCUUCGUCACUGUUUGACAGAAUAUCAUCAUCAUCAUCAUCUGGUCAGGUGGUCCAAAUCUGGCAACUAUCAACAUUGUCAAACAGUUUUGGCAGCAACGGUUGCCUAAAGAAUUUGCUUGCUGUCUGUAUAAUCUCUGAGGAGACCAAAUCCUGCUGGCUGAGAAUAACUUGUACGCAGAGCUAAAUGAACUUGGCUGCAGCUAAUCUGCCCAUAGAUGUGUCUAUUUUUGUAUGCAAACUGUUUUAUUUUUCCAGUUGAAGAGGACCUGGGCCUCGGUCCUGACUAAUGUCCAGCUGUGAUAGAUUGUGAUUAAAAUCACUAAUGUUUCUAUGCAAAA